AUGGCGAUGGAGGCAGACAGUGGCAGUGGCAGAGAUGGAGGCAAACAUGACAGUGGUAGAGAUGGAGAAGGUACUUAUAUGAAAGAAAUGUACUUAUAUGGAAAUGAGAAUUUUUGUUUGACUUAUGUGUCCAACAUUUGUCAAAGACAGACGAUUCAAAUGAAACCCAAAUCGGAGCAAAAUGGAUGCAGUGAUGACCAUCUUCGCCAAUCGAACUUGGCAACUCUCUGUGCGACAAUCUUCCUCGCAGAUUUCUCUGGUGUAGUUAAGCAGAGUAUAACUCGAGACGCCGCGAUCACUACGUCAACCAUUAACACCGGAGACCUCCUCCACCUUCGAUUCCUUGCUGCAAGAACUCCUUCAGAUCAAUUUGGCCCAAAAACUCCUCCUCCUUCGAUUCUUGAAUUGACGCCUUCAAGAAUAAGACCUCGUGAUCUUUUGACUGUUAAAAAGCAAUGGACUACUUCUGCCAUAGGGACUACUACGCCGCUCAAGCUCUUGUGCACAACUUUUUGGUUCCCGGGAAAAGGAAAAUUCUCAAUUCAAGAAAGUAAAGUAUUUGAGGGUUACCCUGUCGGGCUCCCCCAAAACCAAACUGUACGUUCCCUUCUAAAGCGUGAGUGUGCAUUUACAUUGCUAAAGAUGGACAAGUACGAAUUGAAAAAGGAGAUUGGAAGUGGUCAAUUUGGCAUUGUUUACCAAUAUUAUGACCAUGAGGAGCAACGUGAUGUGGCUGUUAAAGUGAUCCAAAUAUUCAAUGAAUUUGAUGGGUUCCCUUCUCGCAUAUUGAGAGAGAUCUCGAUCCUUCGAGAACUAAACCACAACGGCAUUGUCAAGUUGUUGGAUGUCAUUAUUGACGGAUGUACUUUGUAUCUUGUGUUUGAGUUUUUGGACUGUGACCUUGCUGAUUUCAUCAUGGAGGAGAAACCUGAUCUGAAUCUGAUAAAGAGGAUAAUGUACGAGAUCUUGAGCGGUCUCUGCUAUUUGCAUUCUAAUAAGGUCAUUCAUCGAGAUUUCUGCCCAAGCAAUAUUCUCGUAGAUAAGAAGACCUUGAAAGUGAAGAUUGCAGAUUUCGGAUUAGCUCGAUAUAUUGAUGAGCCAGCUGAGGCCUAUACACAUACGGAGUGCACAUAUGAGUAUACUGCACCUGAGCAACUUCUUCGUGCACCUACAUAUUCAACUCCUGUUGAUAUUUGGGCUGCUGGAUGUAUUUUUGCGGAGAUGGUGCGAGAAGGACAACAAUUGUUUUGGAAUAAUAGAGAACUGUGCUCAAUUGCUCACAUUGAAAGAAUUUUGGGUGUCCCAGAUGAAACUACUUGGCCGCAUUUGUCUUGUUUUGCACCCACUCUCCAUUCAGUGGCAUCCAGUACUCCUCAGGGUUUGAAAAGUCAGGUGGAAAGGCUUGAUUCAGUUGGACUAGAUCUUUUGUCUAAGAUGCUUCUUUGGGACCCGAACCAAAGAAUCACCGCAUAUGAGGCACUGCAGCACCGCUAUUUCUGUGACUUGUUGUAGGUGAAUGAUUGGGUAUAUUGCACUCGUUGUGGAUUUAUUGAAGAACUUUUCUGGCAGGCAUACUAUUCGUUUCUCUGUUGCUGUCCAUUUGUGAAGGAUGGUGUGAUAAAGAAGUAAAACUUGUGGGAGUUUCAUCAAAUGUACAUAUGGAGCUGGAUUUUGCUUCUGCAAUAGUUCCCUAAUCUUGAGAUUUCAAAUUCCAUGUUUUAGGUGUAUAGACUAUAGAGAUCUGACCAGACACUGUUUUAGGUGUAUAGAAAGUUCAUUGACCACUAUCAUGUGCAUAAAUUUGGAAACAGAUAAUAGUUACGAAAAAUAAGGCUUACUUUGGUGCUCCAUUUUAUAUUCCACCCAUUAUUUUGUGA